CAUGAAUGCUGUGCUGAGCGUGCUUCUUGGAAAAACGAAGAAACGAUCCUCUGUUCGCCUUUCCUCCUGCUCUAAUGGAAGGAAGCAAGGGCGACGAGGCAUUCGAAGCCCUGGGCCUGAAGCCUCAGCUACUAAUCAAUGACGUUCUCAACAUGGUCGACGAUAUCGUCGACGCUGCCUUCAAUUUCUACCAUCAGGAAGUGGUUAAGCUCUUGCGUUCUGGUGGUGAUGGAAGCACCAUAAACUCGGACGAUUUGGCCAAGGGGAUUUCCUCUCUUCGUUAUUUGGUGGAAGGAGUCUUGGAUAAGCAGAUGACUCGAUGGGAGAACUAUUGUCUUAAUCAUUGUUUUUCAGUUCCUGAGGGAUUUGUAUUGCCAAAAAAUCAAGACUCAACUCGGAACUUUUUGAUGCAUUCUGAACUUUCUAAUGAGCAACUUGAUAUUCAAUUGGAAAACUUAAGGAUGAAGCUUGCUGCAGCUGGAAAGAAAAAUGCAGAACUGCAGAGAGAGAUUCAUUCACUAGAGAAGCAAGCUAGAAAUGAUGCUGCUGUUGUGGAGACAAUGCAGCUGCUUGAACAAAAUAUAGUUCCUCAGAUAUUUAAAGGUACAGUAACAGAUAUAAAGGAAGCAGCUUCCGAACUGCAGGAGAAACUUCUGGAAGCAAUGGUGAAGAUGAAGGAUGGUGCAGGUGGAGGGCUAAUAAACAUAAAUACGCUCAAAGAGGGAAUCUGGAAACAGGACGAAUACCUUUCAACGAAGCUCGAAGAGAUCCAGGAUGUUGUAAAAAUUCUGAGAAGAACGUGAUCUUGGAGGUUUGCUGUAGAUUUGUCUUUCGCCAUUUUGAAAUUGGUCUCUCUCUCUCUCUCUCUCUCUCUCUCUCUCUCUCUCUCUCUCUCUCUCUUUCUAUUUUGAAUGAGCCAUUGAUCUGUGAUGCCUGAGAUGCCCCCUUUAUAUCUAGUCUUUUACUAUGCCUUGUUGUUAUGACUGUGCUAUGGUCUUAGGCUUUGUUUGGGACGGUUUUUUUUUUUACUGUUUAUAAUGAUGUUUUUUAGUACAAAAAUUUCUGUAUUGAAAAAUAGCUUUAGAAAACAGUAAGAAAGUCGUUCCAAACAAAGCCUUAUAGAGUGGCACUAGAAGCUGUAGAUAAAACUACUUGAAAUGUUGUUGAAUAUAUAUAUUUUUAGGAGAUUUACAUACA